UCAAAUGGAUAAGAUUCAAAAGCCCCUGCAAAUUGCAAAACCAAUGACCAUCUCUGUCCGAGACGGAGAUGACCCGAACUCAGCCCCAACUCACCGAGGACUCAACUCGUCCUCUCGCUUAAACCCCUCCAAUGCAACUCACCAACCUCCUCAGCUCUCUUAGAAAACCCCCAGUUCUCUUCCCCAAAGCACUCCUGAAACCCAACUCGGCCGAGGCAAACUCACACCGACUCACCCUCUCGAGGACCCUCCAAUCCGAGACCCUGAAAGCCCUAGAAUGGCCCUUGGUCUGCAAGCAACUCUCCACCUUCACAUCGACCGCCAUGGGGUUCUCCGCCGUCCAAAAGGCCCAAAUCCCCUUCGGCCGAACCCGGGAGGAGAGCCAGAAGCUUCUGGAUCAGACUGCCGCGGCAGUGGAAGCAUCGGCGAUGGUGGAUUCUCGGACGUUGGAUUUUUCGGGGAUCGAGGACGUCUCGGAGAUUGUGGAUUCGGCGGUUUCCGGUGAGUUGCUCACGAUUUCGGAGCUCUGCGCGAUGCAGCGCACGCUGCGAGCCGCCAAGGCAUUGAUCGAGAAGUUGGAGCACUUGGCUGCGAGCGUAGAUUUCCCUGGAAGGUACUUGCCCUUGCUUCAAAUACUUAAGAACUGCAAUUUCCAAGUGGAGUUAGAGCGUAAAAUAGGAUUUUGCAUAGAUUGCAAUCUGUUAAUAAUCCUUGAUAGGGCUAGUGAAGAAUUGGAGAUGAUUAGGUUAGAAAGGAAGAGGAACAUGGAAAGUUUGGAUUCUCUGUUGAAGGGAGUCUCAUCUCAGAUUUAUCAGGCUGGGGCAAUCGACAGGCCUCUCAUAACCAGGCGACGGUCUAGGAUGUGUGUGGGUAUUAGGGCUUCCCACCGAUACUUACUCCCAGAUGGUGUAAUAUUAAAUGUCAGUAGUUCUGGUGCAACAUACUUUAUGGAACCGAAAGAGGCAGUGGAGUUGAAUAACAUGGAGGUAUGGCUUGCAAACUCUGAGAAAGCUGAGGAGAUAGCAAUUUUGAGCUUGCUUGCAUCUGAAAUAGCGGAAUCUGAAAUAGAGAUCAAGUAUUUGUUGGAUAGAAUUUUAGAAGUUGAUCUUGCUUUUGCAAGAGCUGCCUAUGCUCGGUGGAUGAAUGGGGUCUGUCCAAUUUUCACUUCAGGGGGUUGUGAGGCCUUAAAUUCUAAUGAAGCAGAUUAUGCGUUAGCAGUAGAUAUUGAUGGUAUACAACAUCCUCUGCUCCUUGAGCCCUCUCUGAGAAGUUUUUCAGAUGUCCUGUCAUCCAGCUCUGGCAAUGCAGUUCAGUUGGGUGAUGGAGAUGGUGCAAUGACUUUUGAAAGCUUGUCAGAAGGUGUAUCUAAUUUUCCUGUGCCAAUAGACAUUAAAAUUGAAUGUGGAAAGAGAGUGGUUGUAAUAUCAGGACCAAAUACAGGAGGGAAAACUGCUUCGAUGAAAACAUUGGGCCUGGCAUCUCUUAUGUCGAAGGCUGGCAUGUUUUUGCCUGCUAAGAACCGCCCAAGCCUUCCAUGGUUCAAUCUUGUUCUAGCUGAUAUUGGAGAUAACCAGUCUCUGGAACAAAAUCUCUCUACUUUUAGUGGCCACAUAACGCGGAUCUGUAACAUGAUGGAGGUGGCCUCAGAAGAAUCACUUGUCCUCAUUGAUGAAAUUGGUAGUGGAACUGAUCCUUCCGAAGGUGUGGCCCUUUCCACUAGCAUCUUGCAGUAUCUCAAAAACCGUGUUAACUUGGCUGUUGUGACCACUCAUUAUGCGGAUUUGAGUCUCCUGAAAGAAAAGGAUAGUCAGUUCGAGAAUGCAGCCAUGGAAUUUUCACUAGAAACCUUACAACCUACUUAUCAGAUCCUCUGGGGAAGUACUGGUGAUUCAAAUGCAUUAAGUAUUGCUAAAUCAAUUGGUUUUGAUCUAAAUAUAAUUGUACGCGCACAACAGUGGGUGGGGAGGUUAAAGCCUGAAAAUCAGCAAGAGCGGAAAGGUUUCUUAUAUCAGUCACUAGUACAGGAAAGAAACAGAUUGGAAACUCAGGCCAGAAAAGCUGCAUCUCUUCAUGUGGAAGUUAUGGAUCUGUAUCAUGAGAUCCAAGAUGAGGCAGAAGAUCUUGAUAUGCGCAAGACAGCUCUUAGGGCAAGGGAAACCCAACGAGUCCAACAAGAAUUGAAGACUGCAAAAUCUCAGCUGGAAACUGUGAUACAGGAGUUUGAAAACCAACUUAGAACUGCCAAUGCUGAUCAAUUUAAUUUGCUGAUUAGGAAAUCGGAAUCAGAGAUUGCAUCUGUUGUUAAAGCUCACUGUCCUAGUGAUGCUUUCUCUGUCAGGGAAGCAGAUGCCAAAUCAUAUAAACCACAAAUUGGAGAGCAAGUCCUUGUGAAGGGACUGGGAGGUAAGUUAGCUACUGUAGUUGAAGCACCUGAGGAUGAUGAAACUGUACUAGUACAACAUGGUAAAAUAAAGGUCCGUUUAAAGAAAAGCAACAUCAUAUCUAUUGCAAGUAGCAAAAGAAGUGCAACUAGUUCUGUCCCACGUCUGAAACGGCAGGGUCAGCAGAGAAAAGAGCUCCAGGAUCGUCCAAAAGCCAAGAAAGAUGAGGAUGUUGCUUAUGGUCCAGUGGUGCAGACAUCAAAGAAUACAGUGGAUUUACGUGGUAUGCGAAUAGAAGAAGCUUCUCACCACCUCGACGUGGCCAUCUCUGCAAGCGGGCCGUAUUCAGUUCUCUUUGUGAUACAUGGGAUGGGCACUGGGGCUGUUAAGGAGCGUGCAAUUGAGAUAUUAAACAACCAUCCACGAGUAGCCAAGAUUGAGCAGGAAAGUCCAUUGAAUUAUGGUUGUACAGUUGCUUAUAUAAAGUGAAACCCUAGUUGAGUGGUCCAAUGAUGUAUGUCAUACUCCAACCAGUUUUGAUUUGUAUAUAUAUACAUGGGUUAAACUAA